UGGCAUUUGCCAAAUUAAGAGCAGAUUUACGGUCAGAACCACUAGAGGAUGCAGAUAAAAAGGUUCUGUUCGUAGAUGGCUCUUGUUAAAGGGACUAUGAUGGAAAUCAUGCAGGGUUCUCAGUCGUGCAGCAGGAUCAGUCGAGCUAUAAGAUUAUUAGGAUGGAAUCCUGUCCCCAAUCAUGUUCCGCCCAACUAGCAGAAAUCAAAGCCCUGACAGCUGCGUAUGAAGUGAUGGAAGGUGAGACAGUAGACAUCUAUACUGAUUCGGCAUAUGCUCAUGGAGUAUGCCAUUUGUUCGAGUCAGUGCGGAAGCAGAGAGGUUUUUAAAAAAGUAGCGGAGAUCCCAUACAACAUUGUCAGCAAAUUCUAGACUUAAUAGAAGCCAUGAUGAAACCUAAAGCAUUGGCUAUAGUAAAAUGCCGGGCACAUAAAAAGGGAAAUGAUGUAAUAACAAAGGGAAAUCAAGCUGCGGACGAGGCAGCCAGAAAAGUGUCUGGGUGUACGUCAGCUGUCAUUGUCCCCCAGGUAAGCCUAGCUCCAGAACCUGACGUAAUUGAAAUACAAGGUAAGGCAACUUUGGCAGAACAGACAAUGUGGAGAAAAAGGGGGACCAAGCAGAACCCAGAAGGCUUGUGGAGCACGCAAGACGGUUUGUUGGUAGCACCCACCCCUCUCCUGACGAUUCUGAUUUCAGAAGCGCAUGGGAUGGACCAUUGUGCAAGGGGGGAAGUGAUAAAGAAAAUAAAGAAGGAUGGUUUUUGGUCACCUUAUUUACAGGCUUCAGUGGCCUUUGUCUUGUCACAGUGCGAGGUAUGCGCACAGAAUAAUGUUCGAAAGGGAAUUACAACCCCAAUAGGCCACAUUCCUGGACCUGAAGGACCAUUUAAACAUCUAGUGAUCGAUUACGUAGACAUGCUAAAGACAGUGAGAGGGAAAAGAUACAUGCUGGUAGUAAUUGAUCAAUUUAGCAGAUGUGUGGAGGCGGUACCUUCAAAAGAUCAAGGGGCAAAGACAGUGGUAAAAUUUCUGACAAAUGAAGUGAUCCCAAGGUUUGGAAUACCUACAGAAGUUAGCUCAGACAAUGGUUCAGCUUUUAUCCAGAAAGUGGUCAAACUGGUACUACAGGCGCUGAGGAUAAAGCAAAGAUUUGGAUGUGUAUACCACCCUCAGUCGCAGGGCAUGGUAGAAAGAAUUAAUGGAACCCUGAAAGCCAAACUAAACAAAAUUUGUGCAGACACUAAA